AUACGACUUGUGAAGGUUUCCCACCUGCUCCUUCUGGAUAUUCCUAAAAUAAAAUAAUAAUAAAAAAAAACAAUCAAUUGACCGCUUAUUUUUGAAAUUCCGUGUUCGCGCGCGCUUUUAUUUAGCACCAGCGGAGCCGGUUUGAAUUAGCUACACACACACACACACACACACACAUACACACACACAUACAUACAUACAUAUAUAUACACACACACAGCCGCAGCUGGAGCGAGCGAAUAAGUGAGUAAGUACAGUGUCAGUGAGUCAGUCACUGUGUGGAAAAUGGCCGACGCGUUCGGACUGCAGACGGAAGAAGACCCCGCUGCCGCGUUCCUCGCGCAGCAACAGCACGAGAUCGCCGGCAUCGAGAACGACGAGGACAACUUCGGCUUCGAGUUCACGGCGCGCGACCAACAAGAAUCCCAACCGUCGCAUCCGAGUCCGAACUCUUUCCAAGAUGAGUUCGGAGGAGCAACUAUGAAUGGAGAACUGUUUCAGGAGUCCAACGAUGUAGCAGAUGGUUAUGCGGCCAUCUCCCAGGCCGACGUGCAGCGGCAGGAGCCCGAAAGUUUACGCAAGUGGAGAGAGGAACAGAAGGAACGGCUGGAACAGUUAGAUACAGCGUCCAAGGCAGCAGAAGCUGAGUUAAGGCAGAAGGCAAAGAAGGAGCUGGAGGACUGGCACACUCACCAGCAGGAGCAAAUGGAGAAGAAUAAAGUCAACAACAGGAUCGCUGAUAAGGCUUUCUACAGACAGCCCAACUCUGAUGUGAUGGGCCUUGUAGCGUCAGAGGACGCCUUCCUGAAGGAGUGUGACGACGACAGCCCUGGCACCGAGUGGGAGAAAGUGGCCCGGCUAUGCGAUUUCAACCCUAAGACGAGCCGCCAGACCAAGGACGUGUCCCGAAUGCGCUCCGUCCUCAUUUCCCUGAAACAGACGCCGCUGGCUCGCUAAGGCAUCUCACUCCGCCUCACAUCUCGCCUUCGCUCCAUCUCCCUGUCUUUCUCGCACUUUAUUUUAGCACACUAAAAAUUUGGGUAUUCUUUCUUUCUGUCUGUCAUUUAAGGUGUAUGGUGAAUUGAAUCUUUUUUAUUAUUUUUUUAAAUCCUGUUACAAAUCAUCUGUAUGAAUUGACAGAAAAGAAUUAAUUUUUUUGCUGUUUUUAUGCAAGAAAAGGAGCCUCUCGAGUAGGCUAGUUGAGGACUGAGCGCAGGAGUGUGACCCUCACACCACCUCAGAGCAAAAUUAAAAACUGACACGAUACUCUGGGUGGACAAAACGGCAGAAAUGAUACUGCCAUUGUACUUGUUACAUAUCACAAUUCUGAAGGAAGCUAAAAAGAAACUGUAAAAGAAGCAGUACAACCACCUCUACAGUCAGAUGUUCGUGUUUACCAAAAUAAACAAUUUUAUAAGGAACAGAAAGCAAAAUUUUAUGCAGUUUUAAUUUGAUUUGCUAUAUUUAGACCCUAUUUAUUAUCAGGCUUACUGUAAUGCAGUACUUCCCAGAUUGGUCCUCAGAGACAUCCAGAUGUUCCACUUUUAAACACUUAAAAUACCACACAAUGGUGGCUGUUGAUGAGAAUCGAGCCUCUAUCCAAAAUCGGUUUUAUUCACGAUAUAGUUCAUUAUUGAAGCAUGUUUUAAUUCCACACUGCAUCACGAUAUCCUCUAGUAGUCAAAAAUACCCAUAAUGCACUGAAUUGCUGUUUGAUUCAUAUGCAUGCACAUUCACGGAGAGAGAACCAGCAAGAUAAAAUGUUAACAUCCAACUUUGUUAUACUUUUUUUUUUUUUUCUUCUCUCACUCUUUUAGCAACUUUAAGAGUCGACUCUUUCUGCUCCCAAAUGGCUCAUUGGCAAUUUUUCCCCAAACUGAACAAAGUUUGCGAUAUUUUGAUCCUUGAUUGUCUUUGCCUGAAAACUCUACCUUAAUUUUAUAGUUAAGAAAAUAACAUUACUUAUUACAGAAAAACAUAUUUAAAUUGACUAUAAUUGUUCAGAUAAAUCAGCAAAGCACUGCAAAUAUGCGUAUGAUAAAGAUUCAUUUUAAUUCCUAUAAUCUUCCCUUAUACACCGAUGCUGAAAAGAGGUUUCCAUGGAAACAUUCUGAUCUCACACGCGUACCUUUGAUUACAUGCACACAUGCGAGUCAGUCAAUGUUCACCGAAAAGAGAUGACUCAGUGAGUCGACUCGUUGACAAACGAUACGUCAUUAUUAUAAAUGUAAGGAGCGGAUUUCUGUAGUCACGUGUUCGGUCCACCAGCAGCAUCUUUACAUUGGUUUGUUUCAGGGCGUGCUUAUGCGAGUGUUGAACGAACCCAUGUAACGUAGCGUACAGCACAACGUCGUUUAAUCUUCUGUUUAAAUUCUGUCAGCAGAGGAUUUGAGAUGCCUCAGAAGAUGAGAGACCUCAAAAAUGUGGAUUGUCUGGGGGUCCUAAAGACCAAUUUGGGAAACCAUGCUUUAACUAGUGUAAAUAGCAGAAUGACGUCAUUGGAAGAGUACUGCGAAUAAAUUUGUGUGUUAACCCUACACUUCUGAUUAAGAUCAAAUUUGAAAACUCGCAGAUUAUUGUACUCUCUUCAGAGAACGGCUAAAAGCAAAGGUAUUUUAAUUUUCAAUUCAAAGUAAACUAGGGCAUAUUCAUACUGUCGCUCAUAAUACUGCUUAUUGCAUGUUUUGCUUGUUUUUGCUCAAUUUCAUGAAGGUUGGCAAUAAGUAUACUUUUAUCCAUUCUUUUCGUAUUCACAUCAAACCUGUUGCAUUGCAAGUUAACCCCCCCAAAUAUUUCCCGAAAUUUAACAGUUCUAUUCAAGUACGAUAUUUGUUCAGUGGAUUAUUUAUUGGUGGUCUUGUUUUUACCAUUCAGCCUCGCGUGUCUUGAUUAUAAAAAUUUUCAGGUUUGACCUGUAGCAGGCUUUGCCUUAAUUAGUAUUUCAUCUCAUCCAAGUUCAGAUAUAAUCAGUUGAGCAUGUGUUCGUGUUAGGGAUAUUUAUAUUUACCAUCAUUUCCAUUUACUGUCUUACAGCUCUGAGGCCUUUUCUCAAAGACAGAUUUUUAAAAAACUGUUACUUGCCUUUCAGCGGACCAGCUCUGUUGUGCUGUGCGACAGAUUGUGGUUUUUACUGGCUGCCAAAGACUGUAUGUUCAUGCCUGACUACGCUUUGAAAUAAAAAUAUAUUGGGACGGUUUUCCAGACACGACUCGAUUCAGUGCUUGGAUGUAGGAAAGCAUGGUUGGGUUAGGUGUUAUUUUGUCUGGAUGAUCAUCUCAGGUUGAUUUCAUGUUGUUAGAGACACUUUUAGCAAACUAGGACGUAGUAGAGGUUUACGUGAAUUGUAACGGAAUACUUUCAAACUCUUGAUUGUGCGUGUAUGAAAACGCAGACGCAAUUCUGAAAUGCACAACAUAAUAAAAAAACAAAACAGCU